AUGAUGUCGGACCCCGAGUCCGAUAGGACUCGCGCGAUUGAAGCGAUGUUGCCCUGGGGGUUCGAAAGUAAGCUGGCAUUCCGGCUGGCUUUCAUAAAGAUACCUUUCAUGUUGCUUAUCACAUGUAUUGGCAUGGCCGCAGAGUAUCAUUUGUAUUCGAAAACGACGGAAACAUGGCUUCGAUACGGGAAGGGGAGUGUGUCGGACAACAUAUGGUCGCUUCUACUUGAAGACAAAACUGGAUGUUAUGCCCACCGGCUAGAGGAAGUCACGCCUUCGAAGACUCUGCUGCAAGGUCCAGAUGGUCUGCAUGUCAACGCUUCGCUUGACCCUUUGCACAUAGACAACCCCGACACUUGCGAGGUCGACCUUCAUAAGUGCACAGUGAAGGGUUUAAGUCAUGCUGGCUUCUUCACCACUGGAUUGAACCACUGGGUGUCGUUCGCCCUCCUGUGGUUCGUGUACAAGGUUGUCUUCAUUGGAAUUCACCCUGUUGACCGCCUUGCGAAGAUGGCUGGGGCUCCGGAGCCUCUCAUGAAACUGUUGACGGAGCCGUAUUUUCAGCAGUGCACGACCCCUAUGACAGUUCUCGUGAAGUUCCUCUUCUACUUCCGCUACAAGAUGAUGCCUAACACUUUGCUAGGCGCACUUGCCAGCUUGCACGAUUUUGCUCCUGACUGUCCCAACAUGGUUUCUUACAAGAUGAGCCCUGCCUACGGGAAUGCUUGCUAUUACCUUUGUAUUAUUGAUCUCUGUAGCGUUGUUGUCUUCUACAUCUAUGUGACGAAAGAGAUGGAGGGAAAACUGAUUGGCAAGUGGAGGUAUCGUUUCUGGAAGCUUGCAUGGUUGGGUUCAGCUGGCCUCUUUGGCUUCGUUGCCAUAUGGGCGUCUUAUCGUACAUUCGGUGGACUGACGUCAAUCCUCAGGGUCAUCCUGUCAAGUUUCUUGGCGGUUGCAUUCAGCUUUCGGUUUUCAUUCAAGAUUAACCUUGACUUGCUGAGAGUGUUAGUAUUUCUCGUGUUCACUUUUGAAGUUCUGGAAUUGAUAUUCCUUGUGAUCACCAUCCUGGGACCCAAGGUGGCGCCCAAGUUGUAUGAGAAAUGGGCAGAGAGGUUUCAUUUCUCAAAGCAUGAAUACGAUCAGAACUACGACGAGCUCACGGAACGCGAGUGA